UGGCCCAACAUUUCUCGCUCGCCAAAACCCUCGCCUCCAUUCCUCACCUCAAUCAUUCCGCAAGACCAAACCCCUCCGCCGCCGGCCAUGGGCGACCCGCAGUACCUCGUCGGCUCCCCCAGGAGCAAUUUGGAGCGCGACGGCCGGGACUCUGCGGCCUUCGCCAUCGGCAUAAACCUGAUGCUCUCUUUCGUGUACGAUUACCUCCCCUACUCGCCCGUCUCCCCCACCCCCACCCUCUCGCUCGCCGGCGCGCUGUGGGUCUCCGACGGCGUCGACCGCAUCAGCCGCCUCCCCGAUGUGCUCCUCCGUGACAUACUCUCCCGCCUCCCCGCCAAGGACGCCGCACGCACCGUCGCCCUCUCCUCGCGCUGGCGCCCGCUCUGGCGCUCGGCGCCCCUGGCUCUUGUCGACAGUCAUCUGCUUCCGGACGGCGGCGCGGCCGGGCAGUUCACCCUCGGCGCUCCCUCUCCCCGCGCCGUCACGGACGCGGUGUCCCGCGUCCUCGCGGCGCACCCGGGGCCCUUCCGCUGCGUCCACCUCACCUGCAGCACCAUGGAGGAGCACCGGGGCGAGAUGGCGCGCUGGCUCGACGUCCUCGUCGCCAAGGGGGUCCAAGAACUCGUCUUUGUCAACCGGCCUUGGCCGCUAGACCUGCGCCUCCCGGCCACGGUCUUCAGCUGCUCCUCCCUCACCCGCCUCUAUCUCGGCGUCUGGAGGAUCCCGGACACCGCCGCCGUACCGCGCGGCGCCAGAUUCCCCAACCCCCUGGAGCUCGGCCUCUGCUUCAAUGCCAUGGAGGACCGCGAUCUGGCAUUCAUGCUUGAAAGAAGCCCCGUCCUGGAGUUCCUCGUCAUCAUGGGGAGCCAGACCGGAGUGCGCCUCCGCCUCGUCAGCCAGAGCCUCCGGUGUCUUCAGCUGGGAUAUACCUACUUGGAGGACAUCGACGUGGUGGAUGCACCUCGCCUGGAGAGGCUCUUCCAGUUGGGCGAUUUUCGCCAGAGCGAGCUCACUGCCCCCAGCAUCAAGAACUGCUCUUCCAAGAUCAAGAUUGGGCGUGCACCUAACCUGCGUGUGCUGGGAUACCUUCGGCCAGGAGAGCAAGAGUUGGGGAUUACCAACACCGUCAUCGUGGUAACAAUGCCUAAUUUAAUUUGCAUCUCUGCUGUGUCAAUUAAUAACAAUGCCAAUCUAUGAUCCCAAUUAGUUUAUCUGUCCUUGGGUGCAUUGCAUGCUGGGGCCAAGGAGAGCAUUGUGCCUAGUAUCCAGAUUUUGGCCAUAGAGGUGCAAUUCGGUGCCCGCAAUUGUGUCAAGAAAGUGCCUGGUUUUCUCAGAAGCUUUCCUAACCUGGAGACCCUCCAUGUGCAGUCCCCACACAUACCUAAAGAGUCCACUGGCAAGGUGAAUCUCAAGUUCUGGCAGGAGGGUGGUCCCAUCAAAUGCGUAGUGCAGAGCUUGAAGAAGGUGUUCUUCUACGAGUUUCGAGGGUCCAGAAGUGAAGUCGCUUUCCUCAAGUUCAUCGCGGAGAGAGGUCGGGUGCUGGAGCAGAUGGUGGUCGUGGUGGCCAAAGAAUGUUUCUCUCCGGGAGGUGAUGGUGUGAUUGCCAAGCUGAAGCCUCUGACCAAUGCAAAAUGGAACAGCAAAGGUUGCAAACUUGAGCUCUUCAAGAGCCCACUCACUGAUGUGGCAGGUCCAAUUUGCAGCCACCGACAUGCUUCUGACUUCGGGUUUGCUGACCCCUUUGACCUCGAGUUCUACUGCGAAUCUGAAACGAUCUCCGUAAGUUAAUAAGUAGCAGUAUGCCAUGCCUCUUGUGGUGCAAGACUACUGGUAACUAGUUAGACUUUGUGUUGUCGGGAAUGACAGGAGCUAAAAAUACCUGCAUUUCUAUUGGCAAGCUUUCUGCAUGAUGAGGUUGUUUCUUGUUUGUGCCAAGUCAAGACUUAUGUGGCUAAAUGCUGGUGGAAGAAGUAACAGAUCGAAUUAGAUAAAAAAUAUUAGUACCUUCCAAGCCAAUCAGCAGGGCUAUCUAGUACUCUAGUGCCUAGCUAGUAUGGUUUUUCUGGUUUGUCCAACUGCAAUUUCAUUAGCAUGUUGUGCAUUUGUUGUUACCAUGAAUCAAUCUGUUAUGCAUUA